UUUCCUCUCAAUACUUGCACAUCAUACAAAUUAAAAAAAUAUGAAGAAACAUCACAUUUUUCAGGAAGAUCAUCAAAAUUCUUCUAGCAGUUCUUUAGCCAUGAGCUCCUCUUUUGGAACAAGUACUCCAGAAAGACAUUCUUCUUUUUCUCAAGAUUCUGAAUCUGCUGCUAGCGCUCUUCACAGUCCAUCUUCUUCAGAUUACUCACCCAGAGUUACUCCAAGUCAGGAUGAUUCAGCUGUAAUUAUUCAGAAGAGGAAAUUGGGGAAGAAGGCAAAAAGUUAUGCAUAUAGAAUUCGUGAGCAUGUGAAAUUGGGUUCAAAGUUUUCAGAAACGGUGAAGGGGAAAUUGAAUAUAGUGAAAGAAGGAGGGAGAAGAAAUAUAUUCAGGCAUAUGUUUAAUGUGAAUGAUGGAGAGAAAUUGCUUAAGGCAUCGCAAUGCUAUUUGUACACAACAGCAGGUCCAAUUGCUGGGAUUCUGUUCAUAUCAACAGAUAAAAUUGCUUUCUGCAGUGAAAGACCCAUUGCUGUUCCUUGUCCCUCUGGAGGAAUUCUUAGAACACCUUACAAGGUGGUUAUUCCAGUGACGAAAAUUAAAAGAGCUCAUCCGAGUGUAAACGAGAACAAACCAUCUCAAAAGUACAUUGAAAUAGUAACCGAAGAUAAUUUUGAGUUUUGGUUUAUGGGUUUUGUACGAUAUGAAAAAGCUUUCUUGAAUUUACAAAAAGCUAUAUCCAUGUCGAAUUAAAUAUUUACACGUUAGAAUCUUUAGGAUUUUAAAGAGCUUUGCUAGUACUCUAGAGUUUUUUCUUUUUUUGUUGAAUUGGUGGCAUUUUAGGACUGGUUAUUCUUUGUUUACCUUUCUGUCGAUGGUCAUAAUUUCAACUAUUUUGGCUAUAGGGAUAUGGAUUUUAUGUUCAAGUGUAAUUAUCUAUGGUUAUUUGAGGUACUUU